AUAAACAUAAAUGUCAAUGGGGGAGAGGUGAAGACGAGAGGAGAGAGAUGCAGGUAUAUAAAGCUGCUGUGUGACAGAGCAUCAGGGAGAACACAUGAACACACUUCCAGACGGAGAACACCAGACGAGGACAGAGGACGGAAACAAGAAAAGGGGGGAAAAGGGAAGAAUCCUGAAAGACAUGCAGACAAACGAGAUGAACGUUUUACUAGCUGUGUUUUGCGUGGUCAGCAUCCUCCAGCUCUGUCACGGAGUAUCCAGCAGUGGAGAAUGCUACUUCAACUCAAAAGCCAGCUGUGAACACAACGGCCGUGUAUUUGACAUCGGCGAGGCCUGGAUAAACGACGAAUGUUUCCAGUGUGUGUGUUUCGAGCCUUUUGGAGUGGGCUGCUGUGAAUAUGGAAAGCAGCCAGUCGAUUACCCGCCCUGGUGCGAGGCCAUUAGGAAACCAGAUUCCUGCACAGUUGCUGUGGUGAUGAAGGCCAACCAUAAACUUCCCUGUCUGUUUGGGGGGAAGAACCGCCUGUGGAAAUCAGAGAACGACCCACUCUUCUAGCCUGCACUACUGCAUUCACUCAUGCAAAACACUACAGCUUUUUCACUGUUUACCAACAUGUAUACACACACACUUUUCAAAAGUUUGGGUUUAGUAAGAUAUUUCACAGUUUUUGAAAUAAGUCUCUUUAUGUAUUUAUUUUAAAAUAACUGUAUUCUAAUGUAUUUAAAAAAGUAAUUUAUUCCUGUGGUGGCAAAGCAGCCAUUACUCCAGUCUUCAGCUUCACAUGAUCAUUCUAAUAUAUAUUUGGUGCUCAAGUAACAUCUCAUUAUCAAUGUUUAAAAUAGUUGUGCUGCUUAAUAUAUUUGCAGAUCAUUUUUAGGAUUAUUCAACGAUUAAAAAAUAAAAAUCUUACUAACCCAAACAUUUGAACAUUAGUGCACACACACAUUGUUUGCAUAUUAUUUAAAAUUAUGAAACUUAAGUGUCUAAUCCUAAACAUUUCAGAAUGUUUUAAAAGUUCACAAAAAUCAAUUUUCAUAUUUGCUUCAAUUUAAAUGACCCGUAUGUAUAUAAUGACUAAAAACUAAAAGCUGAAACUAGAAUUUUCCCCAUGACGAAUAAACAGUACUGAUCUCCAUCUCCAA